UGAAACUAUUACUGGCAGCAUUGGGCCUAUAAUGGCUGGUCAGUAUAGUCGACAAUCACACAUACCAUUCGACAAGCAGGUGUUGGUAUUUGUGUACUACUGUGCUACUCAAGAUCCCUUGAUGAGGAUUGGCGAUUUCUUUGGAAUUUGUGAAGCCUCGGUGUACAAUAUUAUAGACAACCUGUCUAAUGUAAUGAUCAACCACCUACAGAAAGAAUUUAUAAAAUGGCCAUCUGGAGCGGAGAUACAUAAUGUAUUCAAUGGCUUUAGUGAUGUACAAGGAAUUCCUAAUGUGCUAGGAGCUUUAGAUGGAACACACAUCCCCAUAAAGAGUCCUAAACAGGAUUCUGAAGCAUACGUAAACAGAAGGAAAUUUCAUUCGAUAAACGUAUCAGCUAUUUGCAAUCAUGAAAUGUUGUUUACUUAUGUGUACAGCGGUUGGCCAGGGUCAACGCACGAUUCGCGUGUUUUUAAAAACAGCACUCUAGCUAUUCAAUGCGAGAACGACAACAAAAGGAGAGUUUUUUUCCCUGAAAAUAGCCAUCUGCUUGGAGAUUCGGCGUAUGAACUUACUGACAUGUUACUCACCCCCUUCAAGGAUAACGGAAAUCGAAGCAAAAUUGAAAUGGGGUAUAAUUACAAACAUAGCUCUACACGUAUGAAAAUCGAAAAUGCUUUCGGACUAUUAAAAGGACGCUUUCGCAGAUUGAAAUACAUUGACAUGCAUAAACACAACAGAUUAAUAGAUCUAAUUUCUAGUUGCUUCGUGAUGCACAACAUAUGUCUGCUAAGCAAUGACAUGGUUGAAGAAUAUCUGCAAGAAGGACGGCAGAAUGACACUGACAUGCAUGACGAUGCUGAAGAACUAGGUAACGACAAGGCAUCAGGUAUUGCAAAACGCAGAGCUAUUUCUAUACUGUUAGAAAGUUAGACCGUGUGAUCCCUCUUCGGGGUAGGUCGUCAGGUCCUACAUAUAUAUAGCACCAGAAAAAAACCGGGGUAUUGUGCAUUUCUACGCGCGUUGCAUAGCAGGCCUAAUUGUUACAGAUAGCUGCUACGUUGAUAGAAUAAAAUUUCUUUUAACGGUUAUGCGCGUUGCUAAAAAUAGAUAAAAACAAAAUGUAA